UUCUAUGGAAGUCAUUUGAUGAUUUUUAUAUUUAGAAUUUCAUUCUGUCGGUGGAGGAGAUGGGUUUCUUUCUAUUUUUCUGCGCGCUUAUACAACGAGAGAGCCGGCGAUGUACAGAUACCAAUAAAUAGUGUCAGUCACAGGGGUCACUCACGAGCCUUGCUCAAUGCCACUGCAGAAUCAAACCAACAUGUUUGCAAGAAGUAUCACUUGGUAAACAUGAAGGCAUUCUUAAAGGUUGGACAUUUCCUCGAUUAAUUGAAUGGCUUGAUAUGAUAUCACCCAGCAUUCAAGAUGAAGUUUCUUAAUCUCCUUUCCGUUUCACUCUUGCCCCUAAUUCAAGCGAUUCCAAUCGAGCCACUAGCUGCUCAGAACUCUACCAGUGAUGUAGCCACAACUCCACGGCUCGCCGUCUACGUUCAAACGUAUCACGACGAAUACAAUAAAGACACGAAUCUAUCUCUCUUACCUCUGUUAGGUGAAGACAUUCUCCCAACCCACGUCAUCCUCGCGGCCUUGCAUGUCAUGAGCACACCAGGAGUUAUUCAUUUGAAUGACGAUCCUCCUGAUGCUCCGAUGUACGAUGAGUUAUGGGAUCAGGUAAAAGCUCUUCAGUCAGCAGGAGUAAGAGUAUCGUGUAUGAUGGGUGGCGCUGCUCCUGGGACCUGGAACUAUUUUACCGGAGAUGACGAUGAUUUCCACCGAUACUACGAUCCUCUCCUCAAUAAUUUCAUCAAAAAAUAUAACCUUAAUGGUAUAGACAUUGACGUUGAGCAAUUCGUGGAUAUCACUGUAGCUCUCCGUCUAAUCAAGCAGCUUUACACCGAUAUGGGUCCCGACUUUGACAUAACGAUGGCACCAGUAGCUUCAGCUCUAUAUCAUGGCGGAAGUCUCUCGGGGUUCUCCUAUUCUGAUCUCGAUGCCCAAGCACGAGAUCCAGAUACUGGCACACCGAUGAUAUCGUUCUACAAUGCUCAGUUCACCAAUGGCUGGGGAUCUGCAGGAGGCACUAAUGAUUAUGAUGCUAUUAUCGGCGCUGGCUGGGAUCCCUCGAGAGUCGUAAUGCUAGCUUCGGCUGCAACAAAUGAUGCGAGUGGAUGGGUUCCAAUCAGUACGCUUAAAAAUACGAUCAAAAGUUUGAGAAACAAAUAUCCCAAUUUUGGAGGUGUUAAUGGAUGGGAGUACUUUGAUGCGGGGAGUAGCGAUGGGCUUUCUCAGCCAUAUAUGUGGAUGGCAAAUUUGCGAGAGGCACUGAAUGUUUGAGUUAUUUUUUGUUUAUUUUUUUAUUUGUUUUUUAUUUAUUUUUUCUAUUUUAGGGGAGAAAGACUUAGAUUAUAUAAGGUUAAAAUAUACGGGUAAUUUAGUUAAUACCAUAAAUCGUUUUUCCAUAGAAAGAAUAUAAAGCUACGCGGCUCCGUUUAGUCGAUGUACA